AUGCCCGACCAACCCGCCAACCUCAGUGGGGCGACACUCCCCGUCCCUGGGAAGCUGAGCAACCUCGCUCUGACCGAGUACACCGCCGCUCCAACACCCCCCUCUGAGAAGGAUCAAAACACGGCGUUGGGCUCACCGCAGGACUGGGGUAUCCCCAGUGCUUUUUUGCUUCCUAAUGGGUAUCCCGAUUACCUCCGCCUUAUCUUGACGUCACGGGUCUACGAUGUUGUUCAGGAGACGCCUCUUCAUCAUGCCGUGAAUCUCAGCAAUCGCCUAGAAUGUCGCGUUCUUCUUAAGCGGGAGGAUCUUCUCCCCGUGUUCAGCUUUAAGCUCCGUGGAGCGUACAACAAGAUGGCAAAUUUGACCCCUGAACAGCGGUGGAAGGGUGUGGUUGCUUGCUCUGCAGGUAACCACGCGCAAGGUGUUGCGUUCUCAGCCCGCAAGUUGAAGAUCCCUGCGACUAUCGUCAUGCCCUCGGGCACUCCUGCCAUCAAACACCUGAACGUCGCCCGUCUGGGCGGGAGUGUUAUUCUUCACGGACAGGAUUUCGACGCCGCCAAGGAAGAAGCGCAUAGACUGGAGAAGCAGCACGGCCUGACCAGCAUCCCUCCCUUUGACGAUCCUUACGUGAUUGCGGGCCAAGGAACAAUUGGCAUGGAAAUCUUGCGCCAGGCGAACCUGGAAAAGCUGGAGGCUGUCUUCUGUGCGGUCGGUGGAGGAGGAUUGAUUGCUGGUAUUGGAGUAUACCUCAAGCGCAUCGCGCCACAUGUGAAGGUUAUUGGAGUGGAGGCUCACGAUGCGAAUGCCAUGGCUCAAUCACUAGGAGGUGGUUAUCGAGUCUUCCUGAAGGACGUUGGGCUGUUCGCAGAUGGUGCGGCUGUCAAGACCGUCGGCGAGGAAACUUACCGCCUAGCUCGCGAGGUCGUCGAUGAGGUUAUCUUGGUCAGUACCGACGAAACCUGCGCAGCCAUCAAAGAUGCGUUUGAGGACACCAGAUCUAUCAUCGAGCCUGCAGGCGCCCUCGCCCUCGCCGGUCUCAAGAAGUACCUCGCCCAGAAUCCCAGUCCUGAUACUAACCGCGAGCUGGUUGCCAUCACAUCCGGUGCAAACAUGGAUUUCGACCGCCUGCGGUUUGUUGCUGAGCGUGCUGCUCUGGGUGAGCGCAAGGAAGCGCUUCUGAGCGUCAACAUCCCCGAGAAGCCUGGUGCCUUUGGGAAGCUUAUUGAGGUUGUGCUCCCCCACGCAGUGACGGCGUUCAGCUACCGCUAUGCGCGCGCCGAAUCCGCCGAUGUCUUGAUGGGCAUCUCCUUGUCUGCCCUGACUGGACGCGAAGACUUAGCGAAGAUCAUGGCUGAACUGGACAAGGCCGGCAUGACUGCGAAGGAUCUGAGCGAUGAUGAGCUCGCCAAGAGACACUUACGUUUCCUGGUUGGAGGACGCUGCGAUGUCAAUGACGAGCGGUUGUUCAUGUUCGAAUUCCCAGAGCGUCCUGGAGCUUUGGCCAAGUUCCUCACCACGCUUCGGCCCAACCAGAACAUCUCCUUGUUUCACUACCGUAACUAUGGUGGUGAUGUUGGAAAGGUACUGGCAGGUAUCCAGUGCCCCAACGCUGAGAAAAACGAGCUGGAGGCGUUCCUGAACGAUCUGGGCUAUCCGUUCAGCGAGCAAACCGACUCCCCUACCUACCAGACAUUCUUGCGCUGUUAA